AUGUCGCCCGCGCUCACACACAGCCGUCGCCCACGAUCACUCCCCUUCCGUCGAUGUCGUUCACCCCCCUCCGUCGCCCACGCUCACUCCCCUCGGUCGCCCACGCUCACUCCCCGCACGUCGCCCUCGCUCACUUCCCUCCCGUCCCCCACGCUCACUCCCCUCCCGUCCCCCACGCUCACUCCCCUCCCGUCCCCCGCGCUCACUCCCCUCUCAUCCCCCACGCUCACUCCCCCUCCCGUCGGUCACGCGACGCGUCACUCCGUCACACAUGCUCCCUCCUUCAAGUCGCCGGAAUGUGAUAUGCUUGGGCAAUGUUACCCCGCCGUGGGCACGAGCUCCCUCCCGUUGCCUUCGCGCACUCACGCGAUGUCGCGGCGAUGCUCACUCCCCUAUCACUUCGUCCGCGAGAUAGAUCACUCACCAUGUGUGGCACUCAUGCACUGCCCUCCAUCGCAAACGUUUAGGCGUCUCCCUCUUCCAUCUCACUCUACCCUCCUCUCCCCCAUGCUUCCCCUCCUUACCCCCAUGCUUCCCUCCUUUCCCCGCAUGUUUAUACUCCGUUCGUUCAAAUGCGACCUCCCGUUCCCCCCAUGCUCCACGCCUCUUACCCCCCUGCUUCCCCUCGGUUCCCCCCAUGCUCCCCCACCGUGCCCCCCACGCUUCCCCUCCUUUCCCCCCCUGCUCCCCCUCCUUCCCCCCCCUGCUUCCCCUCCUUCCCCCCCCUGCUUCCCCUCCUUUCCCCCCCUGUUUCCCCUCCUUUCCCUCCCUGCUCCCCUCCUACCCCCCCCCCUGCUUCCCCAAACGGCGGCCCCUUUUCCCUAUUUGGAGUACACCCUUCUUCUCACUUUCCCCUCUCUUGCCGUUCACCCUUCUUCACCCUUUCCCCUCUCUUCCGUACACCCUUCUUCCCCCACCUUGCAUUUCUCUGCCUUACUCCCUUCUUCCACACCCUUCAUCCCCAAUCCCCUCUCUGCCUUACGCCCUGCCUUUUCCCUUCCCCCUCUCUCCUGA